GUGAGUUCAUAGGUUAGCUUGUUAUGUAGCCGUCUAGCCGCGGAGGGGGGUAUGUAUUAUGCUGAUUUUUGUAACAGAAGAUCUUAUUUCAGCCUAAUGUGACACUCGAUAAUACACAUAACGUGCUCACGGGCGUUGUCGCAUAUUUAUUGGCUCUAUUAUGUACAUCUCUGCGACUGCUUUGAGCGCUGGCGACCUGUUCACACAUGCUAACUCGGUAGCUACCUAGCUCGCCACUUAGCUAACUUACUGACAAGUGUUCUUCCAAAUGACACGUUUUAUUAAAAGCUGACCUUGUACGCACAACCAGCUUAAAAGGCGAUUGAAUAAGCCUCUGUCAGAGCUAUGGCAGCAACCAGACUCCUGUGUUUGUUCAACACGAAAGCGGCAGGCUCGACCAAAACAUUAGCCAGGUCAGGUUGGAGUGUGUGCUUCAGGAGAAAUGUCAGCAGUUCACCUUCAAGACUACAGGGCUGUAUGUCGGCAUGGGUCAUUGAUCAGUAUGGCACUAAUGGGAGUUUGAGGUUCACAGAAGAAAUCACCGUCCCCACUGUCAGUUCUCCCAGUGAGGUGAUGAUUCAAGUCCAUGCGGCCAGUCUUAACCCUCUUGAUAUAUCUAUGAGAGGUGGUUAUGGAGCUAAAGUGCUUAAAUUAAGAAGGGAUCCAAUGUCUGUGAUGGGCAGUGAUAGUGAGUUUCCUCUCAUUCUGGGUCGUGAUGUGUCUGGUGUAGUGGUGGACUGUGGCUCUGAGGUGACCCAUUUUUCCCCAGGAGAUGAGGUGUGGGCUGCUGUUCCCCCAUGGAAGCAAGGCAGUCUGGCAGAAUUUGUGACUCUAACAGAAUAUGAGGUUUCCCACAAACCAAAAUCAUUGAGUCACACAGAGGCAGCGUCCAUCCCCUACGUAGCCAACACUGCUCUGUCUGCGCUGGUCAAUGCAGGGGGUCUUUGCAGAGACAGCUCUUCAGAUAAAAGAGUUUUAAUCACUGGAGGAUCUGGAGGUGUUGGAACAUUCUCUAUUCAGUUGUUGAAGGCCUGGGGUGCCCACGUAACUGUUACCUGCUCUCAGAACGCCGAAGGCCUCGUUAGAGGGCUUGGGGCCGACGAGGUGGUGGACUACACAGCAGGAGAUGCGGCUGAGCAACUAGAAAUGAUGGACAAAUUCGAUGUGAUCUUGGACAGCGUGGGUGGAGAGACAGAGCAGUGGGCGAUGACCAUGCUGAAGCCCUGGUCGGGGGCAAAGUACGUUACAUUGGUUACACCGUUACUCCUCAACACUGAUUCCAUGGGCCUGCUGGAUGGGGCAUUUCAUGCUGGAUUCACUCUGCAAAGCAAGGCCAUACAGAACAUGAUAUCAAGUGGAGUCUUCUACCGGUGGGGAUUUUAUGCUCCAGAUGGGCCCGCCCUGGACGAGGUCAGCAAGCUGGUGGAUGCAGGGAAGAUCCUGCCAGUUGUGGAGGCCCAGUUUCCAUUUACCCAGGUGCCGCAGGCUUUUCAAAAGUUGGAGGAGGGCCAUGCCAGAGGGAAAACAGUAGUCAGGGUGGCUGAAGAGGACGACAGACUGGCCGAAGACUUGGUGCAGAACAGUCACACAGAGACUGCAGAUUGGGAGCAAGCAGCUCAAGAAACAGCCAAGCAAAAAUAGAGACAGAAAGUGGCGUGCUGUGAUUCUUCUCACCUUUUCAAGGUUACUCCUGACAGCUGAAGACUAUAUUAUUCAAAGAGAUCAGUGGUGCUGCUGUCGUGCAGUAGACUACAAAGCGUGAUCCGAGCUUGUAACGGGAGUGUGCCAAAGGCUGUUGUUUAUUAAAGCUUACACCCUCGUGUACAGUCUUAAA